GGAAAUAGUUGCUGUGAAAGAGGCGGAUCCCCCUGACAGUUGCCUUUUUUCCCCCCAGUUGAUUUUGCAGUUUCUGCUGUUUCCCCUCUCCUCAACGCCCCAGUUCCGAUCGAAAGGAGACGCAUAUUUCUGCAAGCCGUUGUCCGCGCGACAGCUACAACCGCCCCGUGGUCCGUACCGGAAGUUUGAAGCCCUGGUGUCUAACUUGACAGCUCAACAGAGUCCAACUUCCCGGAGUCAAUUCAGGUGAAAAUGGCAGACAAAGAGCUAAUUUGGGCGUUGAAGACUGGCGACUUGGACGAGGUGAAGACCAAACUGACGGCUGAAGAUAUCAAUCGCACCCUGGAGGGUGGGAGGAAGCCCCUUCAUUAUGCUGCUGAUUUUGGCCACAAUGAUAUUAUUGACUUCCUUAUUUCAAUGGGGGCUGACAUCGACGUUCCAGACAAGCACGGAUUUACCCCACUGAUCACUGCUUGCUUCGAGGGUCACGUCGCCAGUGUCAAGGCCCUGCUAGAAAAGGGAGCUGACAAAAACCAAACAACACCAGACGGCUUGACUGCCUUUGAAGCUGCUGAGAGCGAGGCCAUAAAGGCUCUGCUGAAGUGAGGGGUGGCGCUGCAGCAGCGGGCAGAACAAGCCUGUGGGUGGCGGGGCCAGAUGGAGGCGGCGCUCCCUUCGACGGUAGAUGGACACGUCCCUUUCCCUGAUCAACUUCUAUCUUCACACUGCUUUUGUCUGUUGGCUGGAGAAUUUUGUUUUAACAGUCAGGAUUGUUCCUUAACCCUCCCCCCACCCCGUCCUCUCAGACUCCAAUUUGACCAAAGUCUAGCACUUAACUCCAUUUCCAAGGGUGUUUGAUCAACGCUUACGUACUAUUUACAAGUCAAAUCUCAACUCCUGAGGUCAGAAGUAAACGAUGGCGCUGUGCUUCACUCGAUACACUGAUGGUGGUCGUCCUCGCUCUCUGCUCUUUUGUAUUUUAUAUGAAUAGACACAACUGGUGUCAAACAAAUUCAUCCGAGGUCAAAGCUCCCCUUUUCUACUUGGUCCUGAAACACAUAUCAACGAUGGUCUUGGAAAUGCCCCAAUACUACAAGGGUGGAUCACUGGCCGAGCUGGCUGAGAGCAGUUGACUUAAAAUACUUUACUUGCACCUGACUGGAGGUAAUGUGCGAUCACAGUAAAACAAUAUAUAUAUAUAUCAUGACAAAAUCAACAAGGAGAUUGACACUUGAUUUUGCGGUUUAUUUUUUCCUGAAAAAGAAAAUGGGCAUUCAGACUUCAGAAUUUUGACGAAAUACUGUUGGAACUUGAGUUGCUUUCGGUAGAGAAGCCCACCUGAUGUUGUGCAUGUCAAAAGCUUCCGCUCUAACGCUGUCCUCCCAGUUACUUUACAACGGAUUACAACAAUGUCAUGGACAUUACAACGCUCUCGCUGACUAAUUGUGACAAAAAGUCUGUAAAAACAUAAAUAAAAAGGAUCUUUAAAAAACGGUU